AGAAGAGGAGCCUCAAGCUCGAUCGAGUGAGCCGAACCCAGUCGAGUGGAGUGUUCCUGAUGGCCGUCUACCAUCUCCAGACCACGACCUAGUCUCCCAGUUCUUUGGGGGACACUGA